AUGCCAGGUGGGGACCGGGAUCGCCGGUCGGCAGGAGACGUCGUCACACCUCGCUCAUCCUCCGCAUCGUCAAGACGUUCAUUGCUCACGCUACCACGCCACGGGCAUCGUUUUUUCUCAUCAAAAAUCAACUUACAAGUCCUUUUAGUAUUUUCGAUCGUUCCUCGAUCGAUCGUUUGCCGCGUGUCAGACUUACCUUGUUUAGGCGAGAAUUCCAAAACAUCGAAACAGACAUCGAUGCUAUCGAUCAACAUGCGGAUCUUCAAAACGGUGCUGCUACUCGCCGCAUUAGGCUCUAACAGAGUUGCUCAGUGUUUACCGAUUGCGAACGAAACAUCGAUCGUGGAGUCAUCGAGCCCGACGACGCCGCCUUCCUACAAUUCUACGGUCGAUUAUUACGAUCAACGACAAAACGGAUCUGAGAAUUACCGUAUCCACGUGGACGGCGUGGUAUUCGUCGUCGCACCCGUCGAGACGCUCCUCCUAGCCGGUGUUGCUGGCGAUAAUAAACCUAACUUACCGAUAAUUGAUUCUUCAAAGCCGCAAUCCAGCAAACCGGAAGUCGAUUCUAAACCGUCACCGGCGCCCAAAUCGACUCACAGGGCUGGUUUGCGUUUGGCGAAUUUGCUAGUUCCGUUGUUGCGUCGUAUUCGCCAGGAAUGAAGAACUCGGUCUUUUACACGAAACGCUGCAAGACAUUCGCGUAAAAUGUAAUUAUCCUAUCAUCAAUAUUUUUUGACAAUCGACCCUUUGCGACCAUUCCUACUGCCAUUUUCUAUCCUUUACGUCGACAUUAACCGAUUAUUAAUUUUAUCGUAAGAUUAUAUUUAUUUUUAAUCUUGCUUGUAACGAACUGGGCAGAUAUUUUGUAGAAAAAACACGAAGAGAAAAUAUCAAGAGGUUAAACGUCGUACGAGCCUGUGAACGGCGCGAGGUUUAGAUGGGUUAUUUGUAACUUUUUAAUAUUAUUCUUCGAAUAGAACCAAUACUCGAGCCCUCCAUGAACAAUUGUAUACUAAAGUAAACAUACGAUACACGAUUCUUAUCGAAACGAAAUUUAUUUGAUUAAAAAUUAAAAUACAUUAUUUACGAGUUCUUUUUUGGUAUAUCAUCACAAUACUUUGUAUAAAAAAUGCUUAGGACUAUGAUUUUCAGAAUAUAUAUCAUCUGGGUGGAAUCGUUUAUUUCAUAAAAAAAAAAAAAAAAAAAAAGUGAAAAAGAAGAUAGAGGAGAGAAAAAAAUCACUUUCACACGAUCUUUGUAAUAAGUCAUUUCUACUAUUAAAGGAAAAGAACGAAGGGAAACCUAUAUAAAAAAAAAAGGACCGAUCGUUUAAAACGCAAUUAGAAUAAAGUCGUAAGUUACACGAUGUUCACUUACAUAUAUGUAUAUACAAUGCUUUCGAAACUUACACGAUGAAUAAUUGUGACUUAUGGAAGCGUGUACAAGAAUAUGUUCUUCAAAUAUAUCUCACCAUUAAAAUAGAAAGCAGUUCUGUAUGUAACGUGUGUA